GGAGGAGGAGGAGGAGGAGGUGCUGGGGCUGGUGCUGGACUACGGGACUGGGAGGGGCGGACGAGAAACAGAAUCCGAGAGCGGGAGGUUGGCUUGACCGAGAGCCGCCUUCUGCAGGGUCGAGGAGGAUUCGAGAGAGGGAGAGGGAGGGGUAGAGAGGAAGAGGUGAUGGUGGAUUUCUGAUUGAGGAUGUUGUUUCCAGAGGCGUGAUGCGAGAGGGACAGAUGUCUGAGUGAAUGAUCUCAGGGCAUGUGAAGCAGAAGAGCUGACUGCUGGCUUGAGUUUAAGGUAGAUUGUAGUCCCUAUUCUCCUGUCCGGCUCUGUCUGUGUUUCCCGUCCUGUUGUUCCUUGUGACACUUUGUUCGAAUGAGCGCCUCGCUGUCUGAAGUCUGCGGUGCUUAUCUGGGUGCGUUGGUGCUUGGACAAAUAAACGCCUGAGUUUGUACUUGGCCUCAACUCACCCAUGCGCCGUUACCAUUCUGUUUCUGCUUGGGGUUUCUUGCCGUGCAUGGUUCUCGAUUUGCUUGGUUGAAAAUUUUCCCCUCUGUAGUGGAGUUUUCGGCGCCGGCAGGACCCACCUGCUCUAUUUCCUCGGUCGCCUUCGCUAUCGGCUACACGAAUUUGAACUUCAGGACUCUUGCGGUUUAGUCCUUGCAGUGGUCCCUUCUCCUGGACGUUAUUACUUCCAUCCGUUAUUGACAAUCGAACAUCGAGGCGAGCAUCCUGGGACAGACAGUUUCAGCAAUUCUGAUUUAUUCUGCUUCUCCGGUGCACAUCAGCAGAGGAAGUCCGAACCUGUUAGUGCCACAGAGAUCCGUAUUUCUUUUUUUGUGAAAACGUGGAGAUGGUAGACGUAGCAGCGAGGGAGGGAAAGACUUUCCAAGCCUCGGUUAAGCAUCCUAUGCCCUUAAGGCGGAGCAAUUCUGGAACAAGGGCUGCUUUCCGCCCACAUCAUGGGAACAGCGCUGGUCAUCCGCCUCAGCAGCAGUCAUCUAUGUAUCCAUCAUCCCACUCCUAUGCUCUGGCUGAAGAGUAUCAUCGUUUCCAUGAAGCAGGAGCUGCACUUGACAGUCAGGGUGCAAGCGCAAGUCUCUCUCAUCCAGAUUUGACUGUCAACAGAUUCUCGGACUCUGGUCGUCUCCAAUCCCUCGGAUCUUCUGUCAGUAGUCAAGAUGUCAAGGGGAGGCGGAAGUCUGUAAAGAAUGAUCAGGAGAUGGAAGUAAGCGGCUGGUCAUCCGGAAACGGUUUUGGAGGAGUGGAAGCGAGUCCUCAUUCUACUCCUGUAACUAAACGUGGUAGCCGUGCAAAGUUAGUCAGGCAAUUGAAGAAUGACCCUCACACUCCUGGUGGACAUCCCGGCAUCGGUUCUCCUGCAAGUAACGCACCAACUCCCAGCAGUACCUGUCGCUACGACAGCUCGCUCGGUCUGCUGACGAAGAAGUUCAUAGACCUCAUCAAGCAAGCAGAUGAUGGGGUGCUGGAUCUCAAUAAGGCUGCAGAUACGCUGAACGUACAAAAAAGGCGUAUAUACGACAUCACGAAUGUACUAGAGGGGAUAGGUCUGAUCGAGAAGAAACUGAAGAAUCGUAUUCGCUGGAAGGGCCUUGGUGUUCUAAGGCCAGGUGAAGGGAACGACGAUGCGGCAGCCUUACAGGCAGAGAUUGAUGAAUUGUUAGCGGCAGAGCGCCGAAUGGAUGAACGCAUAAGUGAGAUGAGGGAGAGAUUGCGAUCCCUGAGCGAGAACGAAGCCAACAAGCAAUGGCUCUAUGUUACUGAAGAGGAUAUUAAGAAUCUACCGUGUUUUCAGAAUGAAACCUUACUCGCCAUUAAAGCUCCGCAUGGCACAACUCUGGAAGUCCCUGACCCAGACGAGACCGUAGAAUAUCCCCAUAGACGCUAUCAGAUUCUGCUACGAAGUAACAUGGGGCCUAUCGACGUCUACCUAGUCAGUCGCUUCCAAGAAAAGUUUGAGGAGGUGAAUCACGCGCAGCAGCCAAUGGACACGGCCGAAGGGGACGCAGGAAUGCAACCGCCGUAUGUAGCCAACACAGUAAUGGAUGCGAUGCCGGAUGGGGAGCGUCUCGCAGAUACCGGAACUGGAACUCAUCAUGAUGUUCCAUCUCCUCAUUCUGAUCCGGAGAGUCCUCACGAUUUUGUUCACGGAAUUAUGAGAAUCAUGCCUGCUGAAGUCAAUACGGAUUCGGACUACUGGUUGCUUUCAGACGCUGGCGUGGGCCUGACGGAUAUGUGGAGGAGUGAUCCUUCGAACUCUAUGUGGUCGAAUGUGGUGAAGUUAAACUCCACAGAAUUCGGCUUAGGAGACGACGAAUCUCCUCACCCGCAAACGCCUCCUUCAAAUUCUGCGCCAGAGGUGGAACCCAUGACUUGAUAAACUUAGUUUCAUUAUGUGCAGUUGUCGUGAAAUCGAAAUAGUCACGACGAAUGUAUUGUCACAGGAGGCCGAAGGCAGCCUGUCCAUGAUUUUGACUCGCCCUUCUCCCUAGAGAGCUAUCUUGUCGUACGUAGCCAAGAGAUAUCUCUUGCCGCAGCCUAAUCAUUUGUAAAUUAUAGGACAAUUCUGUCUACGUGCUUGCAUGGUAUUAAUGGCUCGAUGUUUGAGCCGGUUGAGGAAGACGUAGUUCUAAGCUAUCAGAGCGACUACAUCUUCAGAGAAGAUUUCUUGAAAUCAUUCUAUUUCCGAGAGUUCUUAGAAUUGGCGCUGUAAUUGCCGAGAGCGAAACCAAUAGCAUUUAUGCUUCUUUCAGCAAUAAAAGAGAAGUUCAUAGGCUAAAUCGGGCUGGUUCAAUUCGUAGUAUCAUCUGCGAUUCCAACCAGCAAAUCCACCUCGCGGAAGUCGAAAUCCGCGACAUUAAAGUAGGUGUAACGGGACCUUUCUAAUAAAAAGCCCUCCGCAACAGCAGCCCAUGAUUAGCAUUUGAAACUGGAGCCUGACUGACACGUAGUCAGCUCUAGCUUCUGCUGCAUUCGGCACAAGCUAUUUUUGGUAUGAACUUGAGAUUGGU